AUGUCGUCCUCACAGAAGCGCAUUAUCAAGGAAUUCCAAGACUGCACAAACAACCCCCCUCAGGGCAUGACCAUAACCCUCCCCUCCGAAACCGACCUCCACCUCUGGACCGCCACCCUAACCGGUCCCCCAGGCACCGUAUACGCAGGCGGGAUAUUCCAACUCUCCAUCCUUCUCCCGCCGGACUACCCCUUCAAAGCACCCCUAGUAACAUUCACAACGCGCAUCUACCACCCCAACGUAACCAACGACAGCGCGGGUAAUAUCUGUCUCGCCAUGCUCAAACCCGAGAACUGGAAGCCGGCGAGUCGCGUCUCUGCGGUGUUGGAUGCCGUGCGACAGUUGCUUAUUGAACCGAAUCCGGAUGAUCCGCUGGAACCGAGGAUUGCGGAUGAGUUCCGUACGAAUCCGAGGGAGUUUGAGAAGAAUGCUCGGUCGUAUGUUACGAGGUAUGCGCUGGGGAAGAAAUAG